AUGGACUUCGUGCAUGUGGCCUGCGCUGAGGGAGUAGAGGAUAUCAUUAGAUGUGAAGGAGCUACUCCAUUUCGAAUGCCGGUCGUUCUUCAUACAGAUUACUACAGAGCCAACUCCAGACCCGAGGGUAUCCUUACAUCCAAUGGUCAACAGUGGCGUCGCAUGCGGAGUGCCCUCGAAAAACCCAUCCUGAAGCCCAGUUUACUAAGUAACCACGUGCCCACUAUGCACACUGUGUCUUCGGACUUUGUGAAGAAAUUGGACACUCUACGAAAUGACCAUGGUUAUAUUACUGACGUACUAUCAGAGCUCUUCAAGUGGUCGCUUGAAGGUAAGAUUCCAGAAUUGUACAGCCCAAUAGAUUAUGCUGGGAAAGAUGACAGAACAUUUAAGAGGAAAUGGAGGAUUACCUUCAAGGAAGCAUUCGAUAAGGUUGUUGCUAUAGCUGAGAAAGAAAUUGACAAGAAACCGGGCGAUCUCAAUGCGCAGUCUCUCGUCUCUCACAUCAUGUCACAUGGGAAUUUGACGUCAUCGGAGAUGUAUACAAGCGUUACAGAGAUAAUGUUGGCCUCAGGAGACACGGACAAGGUGUACCAAGAAAUUAAAACUGUUGUAGGAGAAGUUGAAGAAGUUUCACACUCAACUCUCGGCCGUCUCAAAUACACGACCGGAUUCUUGAAAGAGAUCCUAAGGUUACAUCCACCCGUCUUCAUGACAGGGCGUGAGCUAAAGAAUGGAGGCGUCAUCUGUGGCUACCAGGUUCCCCCCGGGACGCAUGCUACAGUGCCCCUGUACGCUAUCGGUAGAAACCCGAUUAUCUACAAAGACCCUAUGGAGAUCAAACCAGAACGCUGGAUGAGAACCUCACGUGACAGAGAAGUUACCAAUACGUUUGCUUUUGUUCCUUUUGGCUGGGGACAAAGAAGCUGUAUAGUUUUCGACCCUGCCAGCCAGGCCCCAUCCGCGCUGAGAGGAAUACAAUAUCCCAGCAGACAGACGGAAUUACUCGACAAAAGCUCUGCCCACACGAGAAUAGAACUUGGAUCUUCUGUGUGA